CUAUCAGUUCCAGUUCCAAGACAGUCAGUCUUCAUUUGCCGUUCAUAAGCGAGCGUUCGCGAAAUGCUCUCGCGAAUAGUGAUCUGUUGUUUAGUUGCGUGCACUUUAGGUGGCAUCGUGUUUGCCGAAGAAGGUGACUAUAUCUCCAUAUUCACUACCGGAUCGUCUGCUGGAAGUGAUAAUGUCAGCAUCAUAUUAGCGAACAUGGACACUGUUGCCAGUACGUUCGAGAUAGAAAACAUCGGAAUGGAAGAAGGUGAUGUGAUAGUGUCCACCACAGUCCGCUCGAAGCACGUACAACUCUACGUUAUUCCGCAUGAAUGGAGUCACGCAACUGGUGAAGAAGCGAUUCAAUUAGACAUCGUCACCUCAUCCAGAACGGAGGAAGCCGCACGGCUAACGGGACAAAUUGAACUGGUCCAGCAGCCGAAGGUGUUAAUUCAACUGAACGAUGUGUUCCAUACGCCAGGAGACUACUUGACGUUUCGUGUCAUUCUAACGGACGAGCUGAACAAACCUUUGCCAAGAACCGAUCAUCCGUUCAACCUGACGAUAGAUCUGCGGCACGAAACACAACACACCGUAGCGUCCUGGAAUGCUCGGCUCUAUCCGGGUGACAUCUACAGCAGUCAGCAUCUAUUCGCUGAUGAUCGUGACAUAGGAGAUUGGAACAUGACCGUGAAGAUCGGAGAACAGAUCACAAUGAAACGCUUUCGAGUGAUGCUGUACACGGCUCCAAUCCACAAAAUAACGAUCAACACGGGAGAAAUGAACACGUUCUGGCAGACGGAUAUUGAGAUGAGCGUGGAAGCAAUGUUCAUGUUUGGAAAGCCAAUCAAUGGAAUAUUAACAUUGACGAUUUCCGGCGAUGCUGAUCUUAUCAUGCAGCGAACGUAUACCAUUGCUGGAAGAAAGGAGAUGGACAUCCCGAUUAAUCAACUAUUCCGAAAGAUGAAUCCAUCUGAGGCAAGAAUGGUUCAUAUUAACGCAACGGUGGUCACUAAGAAUGGAUUAACUCAACGUAGCUACCAACAGACUAAAACCAUUCAGAUUUAUCCAUCACCGUAUAAAUUAGAGGUCCUGAGAACGGUUGACUUCACACCAGGCCAAAAUGCAACACUUUUGGUUAAAGCGAUGAAAGCAAAUGGAAAACCUCUAGCAGAGCUAAAACUUACAAACAGAAAAAUUUAUGUUAGUGCAAAGUUUGAUAACGACGGUUUUAUACUUACUAAACAGUUCGAAACACUGUUGGAUAAUGACCAUACGGCAAUGUUGUCAAUUCCAACCGAUGGUUCUACGGAGCGGUUAACGGUUAGCGUUUCGUAUCAGGAUGUGGCCACUACGCUUACCCUGGAAUCGGCCUACAGUCCACAGCUCUACGUGUAUGUUGGGAAUUCUAUACAUCAAAAAACGAGAGACGGUUUGGAGCUGGCAGUAGCAUCUUCACAUCCGAUGGACGGUGUGCUGGUGGUGAUUCGGAAACACGCUGGCGAAAACAUUCCACUCUUCAUUAACUGCAAUCUGCAAAACUAUCACGAGCAUUAUGUCCCCUCGAUUCGCCCGCGUGAUGUGAAGCGGUUGUACGUGUUUGCAAGAUUUGAGGAAACUUUGGUGCAAACUUCCACCACCUACCAGGAGCCUGACCUAGAUCAGCAGGUACGUCUAUCAAUGGAUGGUACGAAUAUAAGAGUAUUCACGGAUGGAGACGAUUGUCGCGUUGGUAUAGCAGUUUAUGAAGGUUCGUUGGAUGAGACCCAGCUCAAAACCAUCUAUGCUCGUUCCAUGUUCAACGGAUCGGUGUAUCCAGAGACUGCAGAUUUUUUCCCAUUGUCCAUUAACGAGUUGAAAGUGAUGCCGUCGCUCCAACACUCAGACAGCGACAACCAGCCAGAUGGAGAUUCGGACAUCAGCACAUCAUCACCUUCAAACCGUCUACUGCUCUGGAACGAAGGAAUUACAAGGAAGCAAAUGGCCCGGUUCCGAUUCCAUCCUUUUCCACACGUCAAUCAGGUAACCGUAACUGCAUUUGCGUUUAGUCUCACCGGUGGACUCGGUAUUGCGGCACCCAUCCAAUGGCACCGUCAGCAGGACAUAGAGAUCUACCUUCAUAUCCCGUACUCGGCAAAAAGGAUGGAAGCAGUCACCGUCGAUCUAUACGUAGUAAAUAAUCGUGACCAAUCAGUGGACUUUGUACUGUUGGAGCUUUUGAACAAAGCGAAUGAAUUCCACUUCCUAAACAACUCGGGACGCACUGAUGCUAUUGAGAAAACGGUGUACGGUAGACUGCAACCGUACGAGGUACAGCGUGCAGAGUUCCUGAUACGCCCCAAGAAGUUGGGCUCGAUCACGCUGAAGGCAAAUGCCUACACCGAAGGCGACGUAAUUGCGAGUGCAGAAACCAUACUUCGAACUAUUCCAGAGAGUGUACAGCAAAUGGACAGCAUCGUGCGAGUGUUUAACGUGGACAAUUCUACCUAUCGUUUGGACGACAUUAAAAUACCCAUUCCGCCCACGGUCGAUGUUGGGUCGGAGAAAGUAACUGUAUCACUGCACCGUGAACAAAUUCAAAUUGCUGCCCUUCCGGCGAGCAUACUGAUGGACAAGCUCGUCCAAGCGGAUCCUUUCACAAUGGCCAUGAAGGCUUCCCUAACGCUGGACGUGCUGGCAUUGGGACGAUUGCAUUGGAGCGAACGUGAGGCGUUAGCAAAAACAAUGGCCAACGAAACGGUUGUUGAUAUCCUAGCUUAUGCCAAAACGGAUGGGUCGUUUGCUAUCCCCGCACAACAUGUGCCCUCGUCGAAAUGUUGGGAUACGGUUAUUGCCGUACAAGCACUAGCCCAUGCUAGUGAACAUCUCAGCAGUGCAGCCAUCACGGCCGCCAUUGUAGAUGCGCUAGAAUGGUUAAAGAACAGACAGGCAACUGAUGGCCAUUUCUGUACUAACGACGGUGAGCAGACUGAUUUGGAACGCAUUGAAAAGACUGCUCACGUGUUGUUAGCGUAUCUCGGCAUGAGGAGUUCCACCUGGCGUUACGUUACGGUUAUCGACAAAGCAAGAACCUACCUACUUUCAAAGCUUUCCACACUACGAGAACCGUACCACCUAGCACUGGUUGGACACGUGUUGACAUUCUUUUUAAACCCCAUCACAGGAGAUGAAGAUCUUGCCUUGAUCAACCAAAGUUUGGCCCACAUUCUGGGUGAGCUGUUGGACCAGAAAAGACAAAGCCCUUCCGGCAUGAAGAUGUGGUGGAAUACUACAGCUGCUGCGUCAGAUCUGGAAACAACGGCAUACGUGUUGCUGCUGAUGACCACCAAAAAGCACCUAUUUGACGCAGCUCCAAUAGUGAACUGGAUUAAAGGGCAACCAUACCGUCGGGCGACACCUUCCAUUACACCCAACUCCCACAUUGCGCUCCGGGCACUGAUCGAGUAUGCAAAACAUACAACCUUUCUCGAAAAGCAAUACACGGCAUUGAUCACCGCAAGGGAUAAAACCGGUGAGAUAGUGCGACAUGAACUGCAGCACGGUAGCAGCAAUCGUGUGGUGAAGCUUCCAUCGACCACCCGAUCGGUAAACUUCUCGAUCAGUGGUUCCAUUUCGGGAGCCAUUGAAAUCAACUACAGUUACAUGGAGAGUGUGACCAAGCAAAAGCAAAAGUUCGACAUCGUCUUGUACAGGUACGAAACCUCCAACGAGGAUUACACCGAUUGGCGCAUUUGCAUUCGCUUUCUGCCGCAUGGAUUCUACGACAAAACGCACAUGGUUACGUGUGAGAUCUCAUUCCCGACCGGAUACAUUGCACUGGACGACAGCGUGGAUGAGUUAAAUCAACUAGAAGACAUAGUGGCUACCGUACUGAGAAACGAUGAAACACAAUUGUCGAUUACAUUCGAAGAGAUUGGCUUACAGCAGAAAUGCUUCAAUGUGACCGGAUUUCGGCAGAAUGUUAGAACUCGUCAGCUACCCGGUACAAUUAAGGUGUUCGAUUUAGCUGAUGCGUCUAACGUUGCAUUCAAGCAAAUCGGAACUACGACCUGA